AUGACAGUCUCUGCAGGCUCUACCAACCCUGGAACUCCUCCUAUAACCGUUGCGCCUCUUGUAUAUUAUGGCGCUUAUACAGCAUGAAGUUUAAUUAACGAAGGCAAACUUGGAAUUUUAAGACAUUUCCAAAUAAAGUAUUUUAUUUUUGAUUGUGGUGUUAUUACUUAUGAUGAAGAAUUUGCAACAGCCUGCUUUAAAGAUAUAGAUAAAUUUGGAUUAGCACAUAUACUGCGCCUACCUCCUUAA